GUGAAGCGACACAAAUGCGAAUUCUGUGGCAAAGCUUACGGCCACAGCAAUAAUCUCAAGAAUCACAUAGCAGCUGUACAUUCUGGCGCCCGCACCUUCAAGUGUGAUCGAUGUGAACGGGCAUUCACCAACUCCUGCUACCUGAAGGCGCACAUUAGCGCUGUUCAUCUCGGCAUCAAGAAGCAUCGAUGUGAACAGUGUGGCAAAGCUUUCACUGCCCCCCACAAAACGUCCUCGCGUAAUUCUUAA